AUGCUAGUAAAUAAUCAUCCCACACUUAAAGUUCAAAGACAGAAGAAAGUCCGUAAGUUAUUCAGCCCUCAGGAAGAUGCUAUGCUGAUGAAUAUCAUGUUCAAUGAGCCAUUUCAGACCUGGAUUGCUGUUGCAGAAAAGCUUCCAGGAAGAACGGCUCGGCAAUGCAGAGAUAGAUGGGUAAACUACCUUGCACCGUCAAACAAAAACGGCCCUUGGUCUUCUGAAGAAGAUGAACUUCUUGCGAAAAAAUAUCUCGAGCAUGGUCCUCAGUGGACUACCAUUUCUAAAUUUUUCGAUGGAAGAAGUGAGAACAAUGUCAAAAAUCGUUGGUAUACUUAUGUCAAACAUCAAUUCAAUAAAUCAACAACUUCAGCCAAUAAUUCUAUUGUUCCUGGACAUCCUGAGCGCAUAAGAACUCGGUCUGCCUGCCCAGUUAAUCCAAUUGCUUUACCAUCUCCAGUUGCCCAUAUUGACAUUUCUUCUUCCUUUGCACAAAAGCCGAUCCUUCCACCGAUUUCGGUUUUCGAAUCUGGCUACGGCCAAUACCAACCGAAUACAAUAAAGUGCAUUCCAGCACAGAGAUUCCGUUCUGAAAGUGUUCAGCCAUUUGCAUUUUCUAAUUACUCUCAGUAUCAGUAA